AUGUCUAGCCCUCAAACCGCGAUUCCAAGUGGUUCCUGGGUCCUCGUCACUGGGGCUACCGGCCACAUAGCAGCACACACGACAAAACAAUUUCUUGAACGCGGUUUCAAGGUCCGUGGAACGGUUCGAGAUCUAGAAAGGGCUAGAUGGCUCACUCAGCGCGUUUUCGCUGUCUUUGCUGAGCGCGGCGAUCUCGAACUCGUACACGUUCCCGAUCUUGGUGCCAAACACGCCUUUGACGAAGCGAUCAAAGGGGUCUCGGCAAUCGCUCAUAUCGCCUCGAUUCUUUCCUUCUCCGAUGAUCCUGAAGAAGUCAUUCCUCCCGUCGUCGAUAGCAUCGUUUCGAUCCUCAAGGCCGCGGCCUGCGAGCCGUCUGUCCAGUCGAUCGUCUACACCAGCUCUAUUGCCGCCGCAGUUGAUCUCAGUCCAGGGAAGACUACCCACGCGGGGCCAGACGCCUGGAACGACGAGGCAGUCGAAAUUGCGUGGGCACCGCCUCCGCAUGCCCCUGAUCACUGGCACAUGGUCUAUCAAGCCAGCAAAGUCGAGGCUGAGAAGGCAAUGUGGGCCUUUGUCAAGAAGAACAACCCUCACUAUGCCGUCAAUGUCGUCAGUCCGGCAACUGUCUCUAACGGCUAUGACUAUCCGUAUCUCUGGAACCUUCGCUAUCGCUUUCGGGACACCCUCUCACUACUAUCCCAUCGACUGCGAGAUGACGUCGGUACAUAA